CGGGGCUUGCCGCAGGGGGUGGCGCCUCGCGGGCCCGGGCCUCGCCUUUUGUUCGCGUCGCGCCGAGCGGCGAGGUCGAGGCGGAGGAGGAGGCGGCGGCUCGGGCUGCCCUCCUUCCCUCCCUGCCUCCCUGGGUCUCUCCCCACAACCGCGGUGUCUUCCCCCGGGGGGGUCACUCGACGGUGCUACGCGUUGCUUCCCCCAUUUCCUUCGCACGCACGCCGCGGUGCCGGCCCUCGGAAACAGUCCGGGAACGAGCCGCGGGCUUGCUCCCAUCGGCAACCCGGCGUCGGCCACAGGAGGAGGAGUGAGUGAGUGAGUGGUCGAGGACGAUCGGCGUGGACACAACAAACAAACAGCGAGUGAGUGCGCUCGGGGGGGGGGGACGUGAAAAGGACGGGAUCCCGGCGGGCUGCGAGGAGCUCCGAGCGAGCUGGCACCAGCCGAGCCGGGCCCAGUCGGCCUGGGGUCGGGGCCGGACUGGGGUGGCCGAGCCCGGCCGGGCCGGGUUUGCCCAGAGACGGACGAGCAGGGGAGGAGGUCGCGCCGGGCUCGGCUCCUGGAGCUGCUGCCCCUGCGGGGGUGACGGGGUCGGGAUGGCCGUGGACACUCAACACAAUCGCCACCACCACAGCCACAGCCACCACCGCCACCACCUCCGUCGCGAUUGUUCGAGCGGCAGCCGAGUUGCGUUGUCGUCGUCGUCUGCGGCGGCGUCGUUGUUGUUGGCGUCGUUGGCACACGCACUGAGCUGAGAGUCGGGUGGUCGGGCACUGGCGCCAAGUCCCCGGCCUCUCCUCCUGCUCCUCCAACCCCCCCCCCCACACACACCUCCUGCUGCACCUGCACCUCCUGCUGCACCUGCACCUCCUGCUGCUGCACCUGCACCAGCUGCGCUGCAACCUCCACCCCCCUGGGGUCAUCGCCAUCCAGCAGCAGCGCGUCUUGUCCGAUUAGCAACACCACCACCGACAUCACCACCAACACCACCACCAACAUCACCAACAUCACCACCUACAUCAUCACCGACAUCACCACCAACACCACCACCGACAACACCACCGACACCAACACCACCAACACCACCACCACCAACACCACCAACGACAUCACCACCACCAACAUCACCACCACCAACAUCACCACCACCAACAUCACCAACGACAUCACCACCACCUCGACUUUCUUGCACGCCACCCGCCUGCUCACUUCACUGUCAACCACUUUCACCUGCGCCAUAAUCAUCAUCAUCAUCGUGCUGAUCAUCCGCCCCCAACGAUACUAAUCCCAUCAGCAUCACCACCUCGCUCAUCUUCACCACGAGCAGCAUCACCCCCCCCCCACACAUCCUAAAUCAUCUCCCAGAACCAUCACCGGCACACCACCCACCCCUCUCUCUUCUUCCUCCACCACCACCACCAACCACAUCAAUCCACAUCUCCCUUUUCACCACCACCAUCAUCAUCAUCGCCACUUGAGCUCCAUCAUCUCACUCGCGCCCAUCAACCUUCGGUCACCUCCCUCCCUCCGUCGCUGUUGUUGUUGAGUGAAGUAGUCGAGACGAAGCAGCAUCAUCAGCAGCAGUAUCAGCAUCAGCAGCAUCAUCAGCAGCAGUGGAACAAGACGUGCUGCCCUCCUCCAUGGCGCUGUGCGGUGCAGCCGCCGCCGCGGGACAGAGGCAGACGGCGACUCGGCUCAUGGUCUACAACGGCGGCGUCCCCGCGGCCACGGCGGCCGUGGGGCCGGCCCACAACCACCACAACCACCACCACAACCAUCACCACCACCACAGCCACAGCCAGCAACAGCAACAACAACACCACAGCCAGCCUCAGCAGCAGCAGCAGCACCACAGCCAGCAGCAGCAGCAACAGCACGCAGCUCACUUCCACCCGCAGCCUCAGCCACAACAACAACAACAGCAACAACAGCAGCAACAACAACAACAACAUCCUGCAGCAGCGGUGCAUCCUCAGCACCCGGCGUCGGGUCCUCACGACUCGAGGCAGCCUUACUUCCCCUCGCCUGCACCCGCAGCGCCCGUGCAAGCUGCCGCAUCUGCAGCGGUACAUUCGCAUCAGCAUCACCAUCAUCAUCAUCAGCAGCACCACCAGCCCCAGCAGCAGCAGCAGCAAGCCCCGGCAGGACCCCGGCUGCCCCCCGCGGGAGACGUGGAGCCGGAUCGGCCCAUCGGCUACGGCGCGUUCGGCGUUGUCUGGUCGGUGACCGACCCACGGGACGGGAAGCGAGUGGCGCUCAAGAAGAUGCCCAACGUCUUCCAGAACCUGGUCUCUUGCAAGAGGGUCUUCCGUGAGCUCAAGAUGCUCUGCUUCUUCAAGCACGACAACGUCCUUUCAGCCCUCGACAUCCUGCAGCCGCCUCACCUCGACUACUUUGAAGAGAUUUACGUGGUGACGGAGCUGAUGCAGAGCGACCUCCACAAGAUCAUCGUCUCCCCACAGCCGCUCAGCUCGGACCACGUCAAGGUCUUCCUCUACCAGAUCCUGCGCGGUCUGAAGUACCUGCACUCGGCAGGCAUCCUGCACAGGGACAUCAAGCCGGGGAACCUCCUGGUGAACAGCAACUGCGUUCUCAAGAUUUGCGACUUUGGGCUGGCGCGGCUGGAGGAGCCGGACGAGGCGCGGCACAUGACGCAGGAGGUGGUGACGCAGUACUACCGGGCCCCCGAGAUCCUCAUGGGCAGCCGCCACUACUCCAACGCCAUCGACAUCUGGUCCGUGGGCUGCAUCUUCGCCGAGCUGCUGGGACGACGCAUCCUCUUCCAGGCGCAGAGCCCCAUCCAGCAGCUGGACCUCAUCACGGACCUGCUCGGCACUCCCUCCAUGGAGGCGAUGAGGACGGCGUGCGAGGGAGCUCGCGCUCACGUUCUCAGAGGCCCUCACAAGCAGUCGUCCCUGGCCGCCCUCUACUCGCUCUCCAACCAGGCCACCCAUGAGGCUGUGCACCUCCUCUGCAGGAUGCUCGUCUUUGACCCCACGAAGCGUAUUUCGGCGCGGGACGCCCUGGCGCAUCCGUACCUGGAGGAGGGCCGCCUGCGCUACCACACGUGCAUGUGCAGCUGCUGCCACAGCGCGGGCACCGGGCGCGUCUACACGGGCGACUUCGAGCCGCCCGCCAACCCGCGCUUCGACGACUCCUUCGAAAAGAACCUCACGUCUGUGCGGCAGGUCAAAGAAAUGAUCUACCAUUUCAUCCUGGAGCAGCAGAAGGCAUCGAGGGUUCCGCUCUGCAUCAACCCGCAGUCUGCGGCCUUCAAGAGCUUCGUCAGCUCCACGGUGGCUCAACCAUCGGAGAUGCCUCCAUCUCCGCUCGUGUGGGAGUGAGCAGCGCCGGGGAUGCCGACACCCGGGUGGCAUGGACGCGCCAACAAGGCAGACAAGGCCGUAGAAGCCGGACUCGCUUCACCGACGAUUUCUUAUCAUUUUUAUUAUUUUAAAUCGAUUUUAACAGGAGGGAGAGAGAGAAAAAAAGUACACUUUGCACACAAGUAGAAAUUGCAGCAGCUCCUAAACCCGCUAAGUGCGGAGUAGUUUUAACACCUGUAAAACACUGCUGUUAAUUUCACAAUUGUCUCGUUUAGGAUUUGUCUUUGAUUAUUUUUUUUUCGCUUAUUUCAUUUGUGUUUAAUGAAGAAACGAAGUCGGGCCACUGGUUUCCACAGCAGAAGCUGACUGUGGAGUUAAAGACUCGGUUUUUAACAGCGACGAAUGUUUAAAGCUGCCAUCCGUCACAGCCUGGCUGCCCACGCCGCGCCCUGCGUGAGUGCGAGAGGCCUUAGGGAGAGAAACCCCCCCACGUGAAACGAGACGCCCCCACCACCGCCACCACCACUGCCCCCCACACACGCCCGUGCGUCUGGAACACAAGCAGCAGCAGCGGCAGCAACAACACCGACUUCAAAUGCCGACCAGUCGGAGCGUGACGAAGAAACUACGACCUGUGCCCGCGGCGCCUCCAGCCUCUCUUCACGGGGCGGCGUUUCGCAGGAUCGCGUUUCGCAGCCGCCGAGGUUUCGGGGGAUGCGCGAAGGGAGAGCAGCAGGUUUACAUUUUCCUGACAAGAUUAUAAGUGAGCUUGGUUUCACGGCGGUUUUGGAAACCGGCAAAAGUCAUCUCCGCGCUCGGAUGUGACAGGAUGCCAGAAGGAGCCGCAUCUUAGGGCUGUUUGCUGUGCGCUGUCUGUGACGGCACGAGAGAAAGAGAGCGCAUGUCGUGUCGCCAAGGACUCCGCUGUAAAACGAGGCUGCCCUCUCCGCGGCGCGGUUCGUCCCGGCAGUACGGCACGCGUCUCAAUUGUGCAGCGGCCACCGCGCCUUCGGAAAAGCCGGGGCGGGAGGAAGAAACAAAAAGCGAGGUCGUGGCAGCGCAGGCGAUCACUUGAAUUCCCCGUCACCACUUGCAACGAUAGACGGAGCCUCUUCAUCACCGACCCCCUCCAUCCCUCAUUCCCCAGCCGGGCCACGGGAACACAAGUGUCGGUGUCGAGUCCUCCGUACGCCGCGCGAGCGUCCGCUGCUGGGUUCGGCGGUGAUCAGCGAUGGAGGUGCCACAUCGACGCGCCCUGCGUUGAACGUUUUGCAGCUUUCAAACCCCCGCCGUCAAUACGCUUCGGUCAACCUUUCAGCCAAAAACGUCGACCAAGGUGUAAUUCCUCGUCAGUGUUUGUUUUAACUUCCUAAUUAUUAAGUGUUAUUUAUUUCGGGUUUUUUUGUUGUUGCUCAUGCCAUUUUUUUCCUCACGACGCAUAUUUUUUAUUCCGAUAAUGGCAACGUUACGGCCUAGCGUUACAAGUAGGUCAUGCUGCUCAGCAGAGAUAGGAAGGAGGGAGCAAAACCGUCGCAUUUUGUGACAAACGGAGGAGAUGGCCGGGGCUAGGAGCCAGUGCAUCAAGUUGACAAAUGGUCACGCCAAGAUUUGGCUUCAGGGAGUUGAAAGAGACUGUUCUUAACACUGAUUCCAACGCCUCAAGCUUCUGCAUCGCUAACUGUACAUAGUUCGAGAGACGUGAAGAUGGCGGCACAGCGAUCUAACUGGAGAGUUCCAUUUUUUAAAAUUGCUUUUUUCAAGUUGUACAUCUUUGCUUUGGAGCUGCCUGCAUUCAGAAUUGACUGGACUGAACAAUGAAGCGGAAAUAAGUAGUUUUAUUUUCCCCCUCCCCCCCCCCCAUAAAUAUUAUCGUUAUUAUUAUUCUAUUUGCGAAUCGAGGCAACGGGAUCGCUUUCCCUCGGACUUGGGUUUUCUAUGAAGGCCUUCCGCGAUCGCUACCCGCCCACCCCGCACCGCCUCUUCCCGUCGGUCUCGGCCGGGCCCUCGGGACCAAACGAGAGCGACCAUGGCCACCGCUCCCGCAGCAGCGGGGGUUCCACGUGCCGACAGCGGCGGCGACGAACCGACGCCCGCGUCCCGAGCCACGCGCCGAGGUUGCUGCGGGAGCGGGCGGCAGGAGGAGGCUCCCGGGAAGGCCCCCCACCCCCCCCACCCCCCCAAGGUUUCCUUCCUACGCCACCUUACACCACAGUGGCUCCCCCAAAAUGUGGUCGGGCCAGCGGCGUCUUUAGGAGGGCAGCCGAGGCCCCGGCCCCCCUAGUUCCAGCUGACCCAAAGCCCCGUGCUCUGAUGGGUGGAGCGGUGGUGGGGGGGGGGGGGGCUGGGUGUUGUGGGGGGCUCCAGCGGUUGCGGGGUAUCUGGCUGCUGGGUUCUGCGCGGCGGGAGUGACGGGCGCACGUGUGCGUGGCGAGGCUCCGGUACGAGACGCCCCGGUGGAGCUGAAUCCUGGCUGCGUGUGGGUUGAUUGCGGCCGCGCUCUGGUCGUCGAUGUGAAAAUGUGCAACUCGUUGCUUGGGGCGGGGAUGGCGGUGUGCUUGGAUAGGAGGCAAAAGGUUUUAGGAGAACAAACGCAAGGGUCGGGGUGAAUGGUGUCGGGUGGUGGUGGUCGUCGAGGGGGAGGAGGGGAGGGUCUAUAGUUUUUGGAUUUGGAGUGGUUGAAGGUGUGUGGUGUGUGUUUGGGGGUUGGGGGGAGCUGAGGCGAUCUCGCCUCCUAAACCAGGAAAAGUCUGCGAAAGCAUCACUUUUAAUUUAUCAAUGCAAUGUGAAGAGUUCAAUUUUAUGGCAAGAAAGAAAAAAACAAACAAACAUCGCGGCGGGGAGGGGCGAGGGAGAGGGGGGGGGAGUCCUUUUUAUAAUUGCAAAAGCCGUCACAGAUUUUAAGUUGCUUCACCUUCACAACGGCUCUGGUAGCCCGCGUCAUUUGCUUGCGCAGAUUUCUUCCAAGCGCCGACGGUGCACAGACCACGUGGCAUCUCCUCGGUCCAGCGUCGUCUCGGAGGCUUUCGUUUCUUCGCGCGCCCUCCACCAACACGCCCCGCACCUUAAGACUACCGCGCCGACCAAAAAAAAAACCACGAAAAAAAACUUUUUGCCUGGCACCGACAGGUCCAGUACAAAACCUAAUGUGCUACCUUUAAUGUGUACAGCUCCGGUAGAAUUUUUUGUGGGUUCACUGUAAUAUAGUCCGGUUUGUAAUUUAUGCUGAUGUUUAAAAAAAUAAUAAUGUAUAUUUAUGCAUUGCUUUGGAAGACGGGAGGAGAGAGACCCUGACCGGCCAGUCCCGUAGAUUGAACUGGACCGGUGCGCCGUCGACGAUGCUCUUCCUGCCAGAGAGGGCCUUGACACGAGGCCUGACUGUUAUUGACAAAACAACAAAAAACUCCCCACAGUUUUAGGAACGCGGUCAAGAAAAACAAAAAAAAUAGACCGGGCUUCUGUAAACCCAAGUAUCCAGACCGUGUUUGUAGUUGUACUUGGAGUGGUGGCAAACAUGUUUAUUCCUUUGGUACUGACUGGAAGAGCAGAGGGGGCCGCUCUAAAAGGAAUGUGUGCUGAAUAAUGUUGGGAUUAGUAGUGGAGAUUCGUACCUGGCACGGAGGUUUUGCUCGUACGUGUGUGCGUAUGCGUAUGUUUGUGUGUGUAAGUGGUGGAAGGAUGCCCUGGUUGUCCCCCCUUCCCCUACCUUUGCAAGAAGGGGGGCCCCCUCGUUGAUUUGUUAUAAUUUGUUAAAAUUAUCCUGGCAAGGAUUAUUGAACGUCGCCUUGGCCAGGCACACGGAGGAAAAGCUUGCAGAGCCCCUGUGUGGUUUUAGAAUGUGGCAGUCCUGCACAGACGCCAUUUAUCUGUUCGCCUGCUACAGCGGAGAUAUUGGGAAUUUGAGAACGACCUAAAUCUGUGUUUUAUUGACCUGGGAAGUUGGAGGCAGUCACCCACCAACAGUGGCGACCCUGGGUCUGUCCCGUGACCAGCCAGCGAGCCUUCUGACACUUCGCGUGGCUUACUAAGUGCGCAUAGCCUGGCACAAGUGCUGUGGUGACGCCACGGUCACUCCGUGGUGAAUGACAUCUGUUGUUAUUAAGUGGUGAAAGGCAAAUUGGAAAACGUCACUUGGGUGCAGUACACGUGCAUCACGCUUACCCGUGUCUGCAGCUAAUGCGAUUUUAAUUUAUUAUCCCAACUUGAGACGAAUCCUGCAUUGAGAACUAUCACUGUCCAUCCGUGCAUAUCAACUCCAGGCAGAAGACUUCUUCAAAUGACACGUAGCAGUACCGGUUUAGGUUGAGCCUAUUGUAUCGUGCGCGUAGACAUGCGGUGUAUGUAUGUGUGUGUGCCACUGCACUGCUGAAGGUGUCUAACUGCUGUGAUUAUCACUUGGAGCUAGAGAGAGACGUUUGCAGCGUAACAUUUCAAGGUCACAAAUUUCCACUUGCGUCCUGAAACGGUGACAUGAGCACGCUUGCACAAACGUGUCCAUCCCACAUUAAAGCUCGAGAGAGAGAGAGAGACCAACCCCAACAACACCCAUAUAACCUGUAAGUUCUACAACAACAACAAACAAACACAAACCUCGGGUGGUAGUAAUAACAACAACAACAAGCAUAUGUACCUGCAGUCAGUGCCUUCACCCGCUCAACGCGUUUGUGCUGAGCGCGGUGGGUUUUUUUCCUUCUUCACCACCACCGCGUGUCAAUGAUUAGGAGCGUCGUCGUCGUCAACGCGAUCAUGCUCCGGGACAAGGAAGGGGCGGGUGGGAUCCUCUGCCAAUCUUGAUUUGAAGCUUUCGUGACUGCAGGAAUCCAUUCUCUUUGGUUCUUUCGGUAAAGUCACGUAGGUAUAUUGUUUUAUUUUAUACCUACGUGACUUUACCGAAAGUACCCAAAGAGUGUAUGGAUCCUCUGCCAGUUCUUACAUGGGUCUCAGAGAAUUCUGGUGGAGGGGGGGGUGGUAAGAUCAGCAGCGGCAGCUUUGUGCUUCAGCGUUCCCAAGUUGGGCCACGUGGUAACAGCAAACCGAGAUUCAUCUCCCGUUUUAGCAGGGCCGUUUUAGAAAUCCACAGUCGCGCUGACUUUAUUUGUGGGUUUUUUGUUACAUUUAGGGGCCAUACAUUUCGUACGUACGCAUGGAGGGGGGAGGGGUUGACCCAAACGCGUACGCUUGCGUAUGGGGGUGUCUGCUGAUAAUGUUAGUACGCAUAGGAAACGGGGGGGGGGGGUGAAGCCUCGAUAAUAAUUUGUCUACAUUGGCCUUCAAAUGAGCCACAGUUCAGCGUCUUCAGCUGUCAGACAACAAGUACUACCGGGAGAAGUGGGACUGUGGGAGAGGUGUCACUCGUGUGCCACCGUGCCCCUGACUGCAGCUAUCACGCAGCUCGGCAAACAUAAGUGGCCAAGGUACGCGACUUAAUUCUUGAAUGCAGCCGGCGGUGGACGAUCUGUUUGCUUAAACACGUUUAUAGUAUGAAUCCUUGAUCGUUUCUGCGUGGAUUAAAUAUUGGCCGUUCUAUAGGAUUCAGGGGGGGGGGGGGGGUCAGGCGUCCGUACGCAGAUGGGAGGGGGAGAGGGAUCAGGUUUUGACAGAUUUUUGCGUACCUACUUAAUGGAUUGCCCCUUCAACAAAAACAUACAUAUGAAGUGGGGAGACUAAAAAGAAAGCCCCCCUUUUGUUUUUUUUUAUCAAUUGAUUACCUGAAUAUGUUUUUAGUUAAAAGUGCCACCGCGCUCUUGAGAACUUGAAAGUGUGAGAGUUUUUUUUGCGGUUGUUUUUGUUUGUUUUGUUUUCUAAGCGAGUUGGUGCUUUUUUGCGCGUCUUUCUACACAUUGCUGUUCGUGUGAACUGAGCGGGCCCCCUCCCUCCGUGGUGUGAUGGGUGUCUGUCGCGAGCAUCUCCCCUUAGGGGCCAUCCAAUUAGUCCGUACGCAUGGAGGGGGGGUUAACCCAAACACAUAGCUUACGUACGGGGGGUCUAAUGACAAUGUGCGCAUAGGAAACGGGGGUGGGGGUGAGCCUCGAUAAUAAUUUGUCUACAUUGGUUUUCAAAUUGGUUCGUCCGGCGGUGGACUGUUUGCUUAAACGCGUUAAUAUUAUUGAUCCUUGGUCGUUUCUUCGUGGAUUAAAUAUCGGCCGUUCUAUAGGAUUCGGGGGGGGGGGGGUCACGUAUUGACAGAUGUAUGCGUAUCUACUACAUGGAUGGCCCCUUCAGCAACAUCUUCUCAGGCGGGCAGCCUCUCUGUGCAUUGUGGUGGCAAGAAAGCUCCUGCACAUCAUCAUCACCCCCCACACACAUCAGAUAUAAUCGUAAUCACUAAUAAUAAUGAUAGCUUUGAACACGUGGGGAGUGUAGGUACGCCCCCCACCUUACCCUGCACAUUGACACAUCCUCCAAUUAAUCUCGUUAUUGUAUAGAUUCCCAAUGUUUUCUCGCUUUAUUUCCCACCAUCACCCACCACCCGCCUCCACUUUGCCCAUCACAAUUGUUUGUGGGUUUUGUUGUUGUUGUUGUCGUUCAUUAGUUAGACGUAGGUCGUGUUGAUGUCGUUAGGCUUGCUUCGUCGAUGUUGGCCCGAGCGUGCACGUGACGGAGAGUUGAAUCGAGGGGUGGGGGCGGAGCC